GACAUGGAGCAGCAAUUCUCAUCCCAUCCACAGGUUUCAGCAUCGUAGCAGCAAAUUGGAAGCCUCUCUGCUCUCCGGCGAUCCUAAUCUAUAAUCACUCUUUGAGUGAAGCUGAAAAGGAAAACAUAUUUGCUUCUUGAACGAACUUCGUAGCCUAUCUAAAUUCUGCAACCUUCCGUUUCUCUUGUUUGUUUCGGUCACCAUGCGGGCGGUCUCUCUCUUGAUCAAGAGUUUCGUAAAUUUCAUCCCCUUCCUUUCUCCUUUCCUUGAAAAAAUCCCGACUAAAUUCUUACCUAUGCCAGUAGAGAACAUGGUUGCCCUUGUCUCCCGAACAGGCAGGCACAUGCAGCGUUAUGACAAUAAAGGGCGUCGUCUUGUUGUUGGGUAUCUUUCCUUUCUCCCUCUCUUUCCAUGUUUUUGUUCUUAAUCUGCUCCGUGAUGGUUAAAUUGUUUUUUUCUCGGUUGAAUUUAAGGGAAAUUUUAUUGGGGAAAGUGGGUUGAGGUGAUUUUGAAAUGGGGUUUUCUUCUAAUGGAAUCAUAUCUUUCUACGCCUGCAUAAUUAGCUGACCUGUUGAGAGACAAGUACGAGAAGGCCUUGUGGCCCGACAAGAAUUUCGUUAAGGAAACUGAUCAAUCCAAACCAGACGACGGGAGUUACAUCCACUCCUGCUAAAGGUGGAAUUAACUUUCGUGUUGCUAUGAGAAAUGGUUCAGUGGGAGCAUAAGCAAUAACAUAUGGGAAUUUCCCCACUGGAAGUUUUGGAUACCAGGACAUCACUAUUCUCAAGAUAAACAGAAGGCCAAAUGCUGAGAGAAAGGGCCCUAAAAUACCAAUUACAAGCUUUGCCGUUGCAGGGUCCAAGUCUGCUAGUAGAAAAUUCUGAACAAUAUCUGAGUGAACUAAAGUUAAUUAUAAAAUUACCUCUGCAAUCUCAUUCCAAAGUCUGCACUAGGCGAAAACGAGAUGAGAGAGAGAGGUAGAGCGAGAACGAGAGAAGGCGACCGAUGGGCACGGGCUAGGAAGACGGCACAGAGUAUAGAGAAUGGUAGAUCUCAGCAGAGAAAUCGUCAGAGCAGGAGGUUACCAGAUCAGAAAAGGGAGAAGCAGUAUGAGCAGAAUCAGGUGUUUGAAAGGAAGAUAGGAGACUCUUACGACUGGGGAUUAUACAAACAAGCGACACCUUAUUUUUUCACAAACUUCCUAGAAGAAUGGACAUAUGAAGACAUGUGGAGAACGUUUCUGAAAUUCGGGAGGGUAUAUGCUAUUUACAGUCCAAAGAGAAGAAGCAGAAAUGGUGGCAGGUUUGGCUUUGUCAGAUUUCUUGAUGUGAAGAACAGAAAAGAGCUGGAAAGAAAAUUAGAUAAUAUCUGGAUUGGAGAUUGCAAACUGUGGGUUAAUGCUCCAAGAUACGAAGACAAUCAGCAAGUAGGGAAGGAAAUAAAAUCCAGACCCAUUCCGGAGCCACAAGCUCAAACCAGGAGCUAUGCAGAAGUCUUGAAAGUGCAACUCUCGACCAGGCAAGUUUGGCAAGAGAAAGGAAGGAGUGAUACCUGGGCUGGGUUUGAAUACAACUCGAGUCAAGAGGAUUCUUCAUGGCUGGAGGGUUGUUAUGUGGGCACAACUCAUUCAGUUGAAAUGGUUAGGAACCUACAAGAAAAAUUCUACAUGGAAGGGUAUUUCUCCUGUAGAAUUCGAGCGAUGGGGGGUAGGCUGGUUCUAAUGGACUGUGAGGAUAAGGAUGAGCUGAAAGACCUGGUAGAAUCAGCAUCGGAGUGGUUGGGCCAAUGGUUCGAGAAGGUGUGCCCUUGGACCCCAAAUCUGGUAGCGGAAGAAAGAUUCGUUUGGAUUAAAUGUCAAGGCGUACCGUUAAACGUAUGGGGGCCUAAAUUCUUUGCUUCGAUGGGGAGCUCAUGGGGCAAGUUCAUUUGUCUUGAUGAUAGCACAAGUCAAAGGAGGAGAUUUGACAUAGCUAGAUUUUUAAUUUCGACUCCAAUUAUGAACAACAUUUCAGUGACGAGACAAAUCAAAAUCGACGGAUCCGUUUACAAGCUCAAGUUCACAGAGGAGGAAUUCACCAAUAGUUUCUUCUCUUUGAAACAGGAUUUCAUCCCCCACUUUAGUAGUGAUUCAGAGGAACAAGAAACAUGGUCGCUGGUUAGUGAGAAAGAGGACAGUGUUAGCAAAGGUGCAGGGGAGGAAGAACAGGGGAAGGAUGAUGCAGCCGAGAAAGAGGAAGAUGAUGAUGACGUGGUUUGCAGUAGAGGGGAGACGUACGAAUCGGUUCUUCGAAACGGUCUGCAGCAGGAGGAGGGGACCGUUGAGAAGGUGGCGGACAGCAUGGAGCAGUUUCAAAUUUUAAACAAAAGGAAAAGCAGUUUAAGCGAAGAAAAGGGGACGCAGCAGGCGGGAAAUAGAGAUAAGGUCGGGCAGCAGGCCAAAGCUGGAAGCAAGAGUUUGGGUUAUCAAAAGGGACCUAAGUUGGGCCUUUUUGGGAAGCCCAACACACAAAAGGACAGCCCAUGCUAUGUGGAUUCCUCAAGUGCGGGUUUGGGUAUUAAUGAAGGGUAUGCAAAGUCAAAAUCAGACAGUGAAAUGGAGAAUUCGAGAGAAAGGAAAGCUGCCCUUUCUUGCAGCGAAGAUGAUCAGAAGCAAGAAGAUAAAGGAGAUCUCAACGGGCAGGAGCGCGCAAGUGCAAGUGAUCAGGUGCAGAUCUGCAUGCAAAGAAGCAAGGAGGGUGUCAUUCAAAGAAAGAAGAAGAUUCGCCUGUGCAGUACGGUCUACCUCAAGGCCAGAAAAACAGGGGAAGGAAUCCAGAGUGGGAAUCGGCGUGAAAGGAAAAAGAAGAAAGUAGAGAAGGGACAGGGGGUGCCGAAAUUCAUGGCACUUUUCAGUAUUGACAUGUUAAUCCUCUUCUUGGCGUCAAUCUGUGGCAUCGGGGGAGCUUCAACAGCCAUAAACAACUUGGGACAGAUCGGAGCCUCCCAAGGGUACCCCAAGCAAAACAUAAGCACUUUUGUUUCCCUUGUUAGCAUAUGCAGUUUCUUCGGCCGAGUUAUUUCGGGUUUUGCCUCAGACAUCAUCCUGGCUAAGUACAAAUUUCCACGCCCUCUUCUGCUUACCCUCAUCAUGCUCCUCUCCUGCCUUGGUCACCUCCUGAUUGCCCUCAACAUCCCUAAUGGACUCUAUGUUGCAACCUUAAUCAUCGGAUUCUGUUUCGGGGCGCAGUUGCCGUUGAUUCUUGUAAUAAUUUCUGAACUCUUCGGACUCAAGUACUACUCCACACUAUACAAUUUCGCGGGCGUGGCGAGUCCUAUUGGCUGCUACGUCCUCAACGUGAAGGUGGUUGGAAAUUUGUACGAUGACGAGGCAAAGAAGAAAAUGGCAGUGCUGGGAAUCACGAGGAAGCCUGGACAAGACCUGAACUGCACCGGCACUGAUUGCUUCAAAUUACCUUUUAUCAUAAUUACAGCAACAGCAUUGUUCGGUGCACUUGUUACAUUUUUUCUUGUGUUUAGGACCAGAAAAUUUUACAAGACGGUCAUAUAUAAAACAUUGCAGGGGAAGCAGAAUGAGGCCGUGGCCGACGCCGGGGAGGAGAUAGACGCCGCUCGAAAUGGUGCCGUAGCAGCCGUAGAAGUUCCCAAGGCGGGGUAAAAAUUAAAGAUCUC